UUCGAAGAAAAAUAAAUUUAUAUUUUGCAAAUGUAGCAGUGAAGAGGCACAGCCAUAUUGCCAUUUAAAGCGUCAUUUUCUUGUCAUUUUGCUUCGGCAGAUUAUGAUGGUUUCUGUUUGUUUAUGCUGAGGAGUUUGAGGCACUUGGAGAGUGAAACAGUGAGAAGAGAAAACUAGAGAGAGAAGAAACAUGGAUGAAUAGAGAGACAAAGAUUAAAUUUUUUUUUUUCCCCUUCUAACGAAGAAUUACAGUUGACUUUCUUCCUCGUACUACAAGAUCUUGAGCUAGUAGAGGUAAAAUGAAUUCUUUCGAGGCUGCGAAGCUUGUGCAUGACAGAAUCUCAAAAUUGGAACCUGAACAUGUUGCUAGGAAGAUUAUUGGGUGUAUUUAUUUGCAAGACCUUCCAGACCAGGAAAUGAUCAGAUUAGCUUUGGGACCUGACUGCUUAAUCCAAAACUUAAUAAAAAGGAUAAAAUCUGCUUUUAUGUUUGCUUCGCCGCCAGUUCUUUCACCUCCAAUUUCUCCUUCCAUGCCGAGUCCUAUUUUGGAUUCUUCCCUUCAGUUUGCCCCCUUUUCAUCUCGUUCUAUAUUUAAGAAAUUAGCUCCUUGUUGGGAAUUACCUGAGCAGCCGCAGCUGAUGCCUAAUUCUUCUUUCAAACAUUUACCAUACACCAAUUCACUUAAUGAAGAAUAUGGUUUCCAAAACCAUUAUAUUGGUUUGGAAGAUCACUCAGAACCAGUGAUUUCCGGAACUUCAGGUUUUCUAAGUGAUUUCUAUUGCCCAGAAGCUACUUUUAAUGAGAUGGGUAUUAGGGGUAGCAGAAAUUCUUCAAGCCUAAUGGAAUAUCCAGUUAAGACUUGUCACUAUUUCAAUAAGGGUUUUUGUAAGCAUGGCAGUAACUGUAGGUAUCUUCAUGGAGAAUCUUUCCCAGAGAGCUACUCACAUAUGUUUGGUCCUAAUUCGUAUGAAGCUGCUAAUGAAGAUCAUGUUUUCUUGGCCGGGUCCCUCGAAAAAUUGGAACUUGAAAUCACUGAGUUAUUGAAAUCCUGGAGAGACCAUCCGGUUUCAAUUGCAUCUCUGCCUAUGAUGUACUAUGAGAGAUAUGGAAGAUCUCUGCAAGCUGAAGGUUAUCUUACUGAAAGCCAGAGACAUGGUAAAGCUGGCCAUAGUUUGACAAAACUUCUUGCUCGACUGAAAAAUAGUAUUCGGCUUAUCGACAGGCCUCAUGGGCAGCAUGCAGUCAUACUGGCUGAAGAUGCCCCAAAAUAUAUGGACAUCCGGGGUGAAAGAAAUGAUCCUGGCCCCAUUGUUAGUGGUUCACAUCAAAUUUAUCUAACUUUCCCAGCUGAAAGCACUUUUACUGAGGAAGACGUUUCAAAUUACUUCAAUACCUUUGGUCCAGUUCAAGAUGUGAGAAUACCCUGCCAGCACAAGCGGAUGUUUGGCUUUGUAACUUUUGUGAGUGCAGACACUGUGAAGUUGAUUUUGUCCAAGGGCAAUCCACAUUAUGUUUGUGGGGCUCGCGUUCUUGUGAAACCUUACAGAGAAAAGUCAAAGCUUGUCGAAAGGAAGUACCUGGAAAAACUUGAGCAUCCGAUGCAUUAUCACUCACACCAUUUUGGUAUCAACUCUGAGCUUCAAGAGAGAUGGGAAUCCUCUAGGAUGAUUAGAAGGCAGCUUAUGGAAGAGCAUGAACAGGCCCUUGAACUUGAGGCACUGCGUCUUUCACAGCUCCAGCUAACAGGCAAACAUCUGGUGGGUCAGUCAUGCAUGGGUUAUUCCCUGGACGAGCUAAAACCACCUGAAGCAAUCAAGGACUUAAAUCUCCCUGAUAGCCCAUUUGCAUCUGCAUUAGCUAACAGCAUUUCUGCCGUCAUAUAAAUAGGAGAGAACACGCAAGAACUGCGCAGUUUAUAGAGUGGCGUUGUCUUUAGUCAUGGAUUUUCUGCUUAUUCCUUUCUACUUGGUUUGCUUACAAAUCAAAUCGAAGCUGCAAGUACAUAUAUCGGCGAAGAAGAAACAUUAGAAGCAUGUCAUCCCAAUUUCUCAGGCUGAAGGAGGUAGGAAAGAAGAAAUUGAUAUACGAAGUCCAAUACUUUUUUGCUUUUGAAAUCCCACCAUAGAAAGAGGACAGAGCUCAUCGCUAGAAAGAAGAUGUAAUAUAGGAGUCGAGCUAUGAAAGAAAGUACUUAGUGGUACAUAUGCAGGUCGCAGAGAAAGUGAAAAAAUGUUCAGAAUCUCUGUGAAACCGAUAAUAGACUGAAUAGCUAAAUAAAUACAGUUAGCAGUAUCUUUACUAAAUGAAUUGAGUUUAUAUUCUGAACUCUGAACUGUCUUUUGAUGCAGAAUUUGUUCUUGAAUCCAUCUUACAUAUUCGCGAUCCA